AUGUCAUCUGCUCAGACAACUAGUGUCUUCUUCACGAGUGUUCCCCUCUUUGUGGAGGAGCACAGUCUGCGCAAACACUUUGAGAGUGUUGGCCACAUCACUGACUUCCGUUUUCUAGGACCUGCACCAGGCCGAGACUUUCGCUACGGCUUUGCUGAUUACUUAGAUGUUACAAGCGCACAGGAGGCCAUCCAGCGCCUAAACGGGACCUCCUUUGGAGAGCGUACCAUGAAAGUAACAUCCGCCGCGAAUUCACGUAACAGGAAACGUCAUCGUCAGCAUGCUGCAGCGACGGCUGUUGCUGAGGGAGCCGUACGUGGUGGUAUGAUGUUCCCACGCUCGUACGUGGACCCCCUUCUGGGUCGUGAUGACACAAGUGUACUGGGGUGUUUACACGGAAUUCCUGUUUCGGACGCAUACGAGGCUGUGGAGCAAUUACGUGUAUUGGUACUUGAGCGCAAGAAUGAGGCCCGUAAACUUUUAGAUAGCUACCCAGCGCUUCGACUAGCUGUCGUAAUGAUUUUACAACACGCUGGUCGUCUUCCGUUUGGCCCACUGCCAUCAGAAGCCAUACAGCACCCGAAUAAUAUUUCAAAUAAUACCGCAAAUUCAGGAGUAGCAACAACACCAGCAGAAACAGAAGAGAGUGAAGAUACAAGCAAGGCAAAACACUCACAGGAGGAGCGCGACGAAGUGAUUGAAAUUCUGACUAAGCUAAGCGAAGAGGAAGUGGAACGCAUUGUUACCAUGAGUGACGCAGAUCUCAAUCGCAUUCCUGACCUUGUUCAGCGUGAACAGAUGUCUAUGCUUCGCGCUCGCUUACUUGAUAUGGCGGGUAACCUUGAUUAA